AUGGCCGGGGGCAGGACAAGUUCUGGGGCCUUCGCCGGCCGCCCCCGCCCCCGGCGCGGCACUUUCAGUUUGGCCUCCCCCUUCGGCCUGGGCCGCGGCCGGCACCCCGGAGGCCGGGACCUCGCCUGCCACCCACAACCGCAGCCCGAUAGCUGGCCACGCUCUGGCCUCCUUGAGCCCCCGGCCGCGUUCCUGCUAAGUGCUUUAAAAUUUGAGCGCCAUAGCAGCGAGCCUCUGCGGGAGCGCCCAGUGGCCGCUGCACCCUCAAACCUGUCCCUGAAGGGGCUGGGCGCCGCCUGGGACGCCGUAUGGCCCAACCUGUCCGGCCCCAGUCUCUGCGCUCCCCCUUCGCUUCGUGGGUCGGUAGUGGACGGCGGGAGCUGCACGGCACUGCCCAGCGGGCCUCUCCUGCACUGGGCGCCCGAGGGCAGCUCCGGGCCGGAGGGCUGCUGGGGCGCCGGAGCCGGGCCUGGUGGGCAGCACCGUCCCCGCGCCAUCUGGAUGCUGAGCGCUAGUGCGUUUGAAGUGGUUUGGGGGCUCUUUGUUCGCCAGGCCGCUCUGGCUGUGGGCCUGGAGGUGUUUACGGCUUUGAUGCCUUUGAACCUAUUCCCAGGUGACCCGGGCUCAAUUAGGCCCCAGCCUGCGCUGGGCUGUCAGGCAAACCUCGUGAUCAAGGGCGGGCUGGGCCUUUUUAUUGAAGUUGAACCGGGUCUGGAGCGCCGGGCCUCGGCUGCUCUGGGCCUGCUGGGCCGCGAGGUGGGGCCCGUGGACCACGACCACCGCCUUAGGAAACCUGAGGGCCGCGUGGGCCUUCUGCGCCCAGCGCCUAGGGCUCUGAUUCUGGCCGCUCUUGGGGACGUUUUCCCUAACGGUCAAGGGAGGCUAAUUCUGUGA